AUGAGUUCACAAUCCCACUCACUAAUGCGGAAUGGUGGUGACAUCUGCCCUAUCACCGUCCGAAUUUCACCGUCGCCGUCCGAAUUUUACAGUCAUCGUCUGAUUUUCACCCCUGCCGUCCGAUAUUCACGACCGCCGUCCACGCCUUCCGACCGCAUUAUUAUUUACUGCGCGACCAAUCAGGCCUCCAUGCGCCCUUGUGCGUUCUUGAACAAUGGCCGAAACGCCUUCCAAGGCCGGCGUCGUCCCAAGGAUACGCCGGACGGCUUCUUCCCGCGCCGUACGCAUCGCUACGCCAACCAUACGGUCUCUAGAGUCUCGGCAUGGCGGUUCUGCAGGCGAGCAAUACCUCGCGGAGCUCGAGGUCCAGCUCACCCAAUCUGAGUCCUCGUAUGAAGGGUUCCACGUCCCAUGUUCUGCUCCGAAGCCUGCCCCAUGUGAAAACUCAGGCCUCAGCUCGACAAGUGCGAACGCAAAGCUGGAUGCGCACAGAAAAGCGCUCAAUCGAGCGUCGCAGGCAAAGUAUCGAAGAAAGCGCGGCGAGCAUGUGGCCGCUGCGAACGGAGACGCCGACAAGAAGUUCACCAUCCGUGCCCUCACUAUGGUGAAUUCGUCCAGAGGUGGAGCGGUGCACUACAUCCAGUCUGGGGACGCCCACAUGUCGAAAGCUGAGGUUAUUCAUCGCUCUCGGGAAGUCGCUGAGUACUUUGCGCUAACCCUUCGAUUACCGACCAACACACGGUUUGAGGUCAAAGCUGUAGCCGACAUUCGCCACGGCGUAGACGAAAAAACAGGCUUCCUCGUCAUGGCCUCUUUUGAUAUGAAGGCGGAGUCUUGGAUCAUCCGCAAGUGUGUCAUCUCUGGUGAGAUGGGGGACUCGCCAAUGACUACAAAUGGCAUGAGGGAGCAAGGAUGGCGUAGAGGUGCAGCGCGUACAGCAUAUACUGAUCAAGUUCUCGCUUUUCACUGUAAAGAUGUCGUCAAAAGCGACCCGGCGA